CACGAAUUGAAUAAAGGUAGUAUCACAGGGCAUUAUCCAAAAGCUACAGGCAUACAGGCAGCAAAACCUUUUCUAAACGCUGCUUAAUGUAUUCUGGAAUUGGUAUCAAUGAAGACCACAGUUUUUGUUUGUAAUACGACUGAACUAACAAAUCAAAUGUUCUAAGCGUAUGAUAUAUGCCUGAAACUUAUUUCCUUAAAUAAAUGUCUACAGCAUAUUGGAAUGUUGAAUUCGCAGCACUCACUUUGUUUUCGUUCAUGGUCACAAGUCUUUUCAAACAUAGAAUUUAGUUUUCGAUUGAUGGAUCGUAGUGCAAUCUGGACUUCGUUUUCAUUCACGAAAAUUGUAAAUGAUGCACUUCAUGGCGUCUAAAGUUCGACGGAUGUUGUUGUUAUAUAAGAAGAGUAAAGAAAAUGGCGGCAAUGAAGAUUCCAAAGUGAUUGAAGACUCAAAAAUUAUAUCUUUCGACAAGAAGAAAUUCGACCUAAGGAGAGUAGAACUCCUCAGAACAGUAGAGGAAUGUGCCUUGAACAUAAUACGAGGAAUCUACGUGGACUGGCAAAUACAUGUAGUGGUGAACAGGUAUAUGAUAAUCGCUGUGAUAUUAAUAGACCAAUGUUAGUAAAUAAAGAACUUUUUUUGCUGGAAAUAACGCCUACCCUAGGCACCUCAAAAUUCUGAUCAAGCGGCACGAGACUCUUCUCUUCAGAAUGGAAGCGACCACAUGAUCACUGCAUGUUUUCCAACACAGAAAGAACUGGAACAUUCGGUCGUGUCAUCGUAGUUCACGAUAAAUGUUCGCAGCAAUAUUAUGCACUAAAAAUACUAAUCAUUGAAGAAUUGGUCAGAUUAAAACAAGUAGAACAUGUCAAAAACGAGAAAUCCAUAUUAAUGCAGUUGAAUCACUCAUUCAUUGUAAAAUUGCACUGGACAGGACAUGAUGCGAAAUUUUUGUAUAUGUUGUUUGAAUAUGUUUGCGGCGGAGAACUGUUUAAAUAUCUUCGAGAAGUUGGACAUUUCUCAACAAAAACUACAAAAUUUUAUACGAGCGAAAUUAUUUUAGCGCUUAGAUAUUUGCACAGUUUACAAAUUGUUUAUCGGGAUCUAAAACCAGAAAAUCUUCUUCUGGAUUCUUCUGGCCAUUUGAAGAUGACUGAUUUUGGGUUUGCGAAGCAUGUUAAGGACCGCACGUAUUCCCUAUGCGGUACACCUGAAUAUUUGGCACCGGAAAUUCUUCAGGGAAAAGGACAUAAUCAAGCGGCUGAUUGGUGGGCUACAGGAAUUAUUAUUUAUGAAAUGCUUGUUGGUCGUCCACCGUUCUACGAUGAGGAUGAUAACCGAUUGCACAUAUAUCAGAAAAUAAUAACUGGUGACUUUGAGUUUCCCAGUGAAAUAGAAGAUGAAGAUGCUAAAGAUAUCGUCAGAGGAUUUCUACGCGUAGAUCUUAACGAAAGAUUGGGUGGCUCUAAAAAUGAUAUCCAUGAGAUAUUAAAACAUCCUUGGUUUUCUGAUAUUUCCUGGAAUGAUGUUUUGCACAAAAAAUUAAAGCCACCAAUCAUACCAAAUGUACAAAGUGACGGUGAUACACGCUGUUACGAACAGUAUUAUGAGCAAGACUGGUCUGAAAUCCCAUUGUCCAGCAUGGCCUCACGAAAUCUCUUCAAAGAAUUCUGA